AGAUAACACAAAUUAAUCAAUACAUAGAGCAAUGACACCUGAGUAGUUAAAUGUUCUGAAUACAUUCAUAAGGAUACAUAGCAAACGAGAGAAGAGCAAACAUGUCAGUAUUUAGGCAAGAUGACGGACGUGGUCAUGGUAUAACAUACUUGGAUAAUGACGGCUAUAUCACUUGUACAUUCGGAAAACCAGAAGAAACAGCAAAUAGAGUUAGAGAAAUGGUUAAUUUCAAUUGUCGACCGGAUGACGUUUUUAUAUGUGCUCCAGUAAAAUCAGGUACACACUGGACUUGGGAAAUGAUAUCUAUGAUGUACACACAAAAAGCUGAAACCAUUCCUAAAAGCAAGAUUGAGCAUAUGAUAGAAGCUUCGCAGUGGGAAGAAAUAGAAAAUUUGACAUCGCCCAGGAUACUAAAUACACAUUUGCAUUAUAAUCGUUUGCCAAAACAAGUAAAAGAAAAAGGUUGCAAAAUUGUAUAUGUGCUUAGAAACCCAAAAGACGUGUCAGUUUCAUUGUAUAACCAUACUGUGGGUAUAGAACCAUAUGGAUAUAAAGGCAAAUGGGAACAUUUUCUGCCUCUAUUUGUACAUGGAAAAACCGAAUACAACAGUUGGUUUGAGUAUGUUCUUGAGUGGGAGGACAUAAUGGCAAGCAAUCCUGAACUCCCUGUACAUCUGAUAUAUUACGAAGAUUUAAAAGAGAAUACAUUACAAGAGGUGCAUCGGUUAGGGAAAUUCCUUGGUGUAGAAAAUAAGGAUGGACUUUUUGAAGCAAUUAGCGAGAAAUGUCAGUUUGAUAACAUGGUGAAAGAUAAGAAACAAUAUUUAGCGCCCAAUGGUGCCUUUCUUGGAGCCGGCUUCACAUUUUACAGAAAAGGAGAUAUUGGAGACUGGAAGAACUGGUUCACUGUUGCACAGAAUGAAAUAUUUGACGAGAUCUACAGCAACAAGAUGAAAGAUUCUAAACAUAAAUUUAGAUAUAGCAGAAAAGUUAAAAAUUAAUAACUUGCUUUUACACGCAAAUACAAGCACGCACGCCACACGCACAAUAUAAUUGCAAGAGCAAAGCAUCCAUCUGCGGUCAUAAUAAAUAUUUAGUCUAAGCUUCUAAUUAUUUUACUUAUUAAAUAAUACAUUUUGUUUUCAAACAGAUAUUAAUAAACUGAUGAUAUUCGUAUGCUAGAUCACCAAAUUUAUUCAUGUUAAAUUCUAAAUUGUCAAAAAAAUGUAUCAUGAAAUUUUGUGAUUUGUCUCAACUGGCUUACGUUGUAAAAUAACGAGACGUCCAUUCCAACAUUGUAUCAUCUAUGCAAACGUCAUUUAUUGCUUUGCUCGCAGUUACCAACGUCUGUCUAGCUGAAUCAUGAAAGAAUAAAAACAAUGUCCAGCAAAACUAUAGGAUUUACUCAUGAAUGAUUUUUUAGGAUUACUCCGGACAAGAAAUGGUAUCUUAGCGUACUACUGUUCAAUAAUCAAAGGGCAAUAAUGCUGUGAAAAAAAUCACCCAACUGAAGGUAACAUACUCGUCCCCAGCGGUUGCCUAGGAAUAUUCCGGACAAAUAUUGCGGGACGGACUAUAUUACAGCGCUUAUUGUAUCUCUUUAGAUUAUAUUACAAGCAUGAUUUUGAAAUAAUUUUCAUGUUUAAGCAUUGAGCCUUGAUAUACAAAAUCGUGAAAUGGAUUUACAUUGGUAACAUUUAAACUUUUUAAAAUGACAUGUUCUUUUAACUGGGUAUUUACAGCCUGUCUAUCACGACUGUAAUUUUCAACAUUUUCUGUGUAUAGAUCUAUAACGUUUCUUGUAAACGUUCAUUGAUGAUCAAUAAAUUCAAUUCAAUAUUAAA